AUGAAGGAUUUGUUUUCCAACAAAAGCAAGAUCGUAAAAUAUCUUGACAUUUGUGGCAUCUGUUUUUUGAAUGGACAGGUAGUUUGUAGGUGCAAUUUAAGCUCCUAACGCACUUGACAAUCUCUCCAUCUACAUUUGCUCCUUUUUCAUCCACAAAGUAUAAAUUUGUUUCUCUUUUUCUUUCAGCCAUAUCAACAAGGGCUGGAUCAUAUAUACCUGCACAAACCGGUAAGUUUUCAAUACCUUUAAGCAUGACACCCAAAGCAGAGUUUAAUAUGUUUUCUUGAAAAAUAUUGUGUGGGAGUUCCCCAUGGUCAAUUUUGUUACCCAAGAAUUCUACUGUAAAUGAACUAAAAUCCUUUGAAGGAAAUGUUUUUAUUUCAGAAGGAAGAAAAAGGGUUAACUCCUUCCACUUCGUUAUUACACCACCUUUUCCGAUAUUUGGAAGAGAAAAAGUGACCUUCAUGGUAUUAUCUGUAGUGUGCUGAGUAAAUGACACUGUCCAUGGAAAAAUACAUGAAAUAAUUGUUUGAAAAACUAUAUAAACUGGCAGAGGUGAUGACUGUACUUCACUGUCAUUUCCUGCAUCUACUGGUUCUUUUGGAGCAGUUUGUGUCAUUAUUUCAUUCAACACAUCUGUAAAAAUACCUGCUUUACAGUUUAAAGCAUCAGACACAGCAAAUUCUCUAUCCAAGACCAUUUUUUCUGAUAGCACAGUGGCUUGUCCUUUAGUUGGAUUAAUCAAAAAACUCAUGCUUGUUGCUGUCAUUAUCUGUCGUUAUUGUGGAAAUUGAACAACCUUGUUUUUGGUGGAAGAUGUUUUGAGCUUCUUUGUACUCAUGCUCUAUUUUAAUGGAUUUUAAAUAGAAAGGCUGACAUGACAUGCAUAUGUAGUCUGGAAAAGUUCCAUCACAAGGAUCUACACUAUACAAGUCAUUAUGUAAAUCAGUCUUAUUGCCAGUUCUUUCAUCCAAAAAAUUGCAUCCCACUGAAAACAUAUUUUUAAAAACAUUUAUGUGGUGUUUCUUGCAGGGAACAUCACUACUCAGGCAAACCUUGUUGCCACAUUGUGAACAAGGCACUAUACAUGGUGUAACUUUCAGGAUGCCCAGCUGGGCAUCGCUGCGUGAUCUAGUGGAGCUUUUCCCCUUAGGAGGCUUAUGCCCUCUUGCUGAUAAACUGCCGUAA